UUAUUUAAAGGCAAGCUCGGUAUCUGGAACCUAGGAUGAAGGAGGAAUCUCUUCAUCUUCUCAACCAGUACUUCAAGGCAUCCAGGGCAGCCAGAGACUCAUCUUUGGACAGUAUUGGAUUCCCAAGGUGUGCUCUGCAGACUCUUCUAGUAGUUGCUGAGAGUAUAUCUAAACUAAACCUUGAACCAGAGAUAUCUUACAACCAUUCAGUAAUGUCCUGUUAUAUCUACGAGGAGAUUAUCUCAUCCCUGUCUGGAUACUCAUUCCUCGGAGUAAAUCCGUCCCAGCACUCGGAGACGGGGAGUUUAGAAUCCGUCCUAGGCAAACAAAAUGAUUUGAGAAUGAAGGAGUUUGAAACUCAGUUAAAAAUGUUCUUCCAAACCUAUCUUGUGAACACUUGGGAGGAAUAAAUAUGAGAUUAGACUAGAAUGAUAAACCAAACCAUUGGUCUGGAUUCACUGGAUUGAGUAAAUUAUUAUUUCUCGGCAUAAAAAAAUUAAAGAAUGUAAAAAUAUAUCACAGAAAUUAAUAACUAUGAACUAUUUUAAUAUAUUUUUAUUCGUAACUUUAACAAAUUUUAAUUAAAAUAAAUUAAACAAGCAACGUCUCUCAUUAAGGACCUUUUAGGAUUGAAUUACGCAUUAUUUGUAAAUGUCGUCUUCAUUUUAUCCUUAUUUAAUCCAAUUCCAAUCCAAACCAAACAUAUUAUUCGGCGAGGAAAAGAAGGAAGGAUCCAGCAAAAUUUAAUUGAUUCGAGCUGUUUUACUUUCUACGUAAUUGACUUCAUUGACAAUUCUGCUAGGUUAAAUAUAUCCAUAGCAUAUUUAUGAAUUUUUUCAAUUAUUUAUUCGCAAUAUAGUAGAUGUUAACAAGAUAUUAUCUUAAGAUAGUAAAAGUGUCCCGGUUUGGAUAGUCUUUAUGAGAUAUUUUUAACUAUUUAAAAUAUUUCAGAGAAAAUAAUGAUGGGGAACCCUGAUCCUGAUCCCCCGGAGUCCGGAGCAGGAAGAUUAAAUCCGGACCCUUCCUCCGCACCAUAUGGCGGAGCCCGUCCUAAGGUUAACGUGAAGCCCAAGGAGAAAAGUAACGGAUCCAGGAAAAGUCCUAAAACCGGAGAAUCCUAUGUUAAAGAUUACACUAGUAAACACGGAAGUCCUGUGUAUAAAAGAACUCGUGGAUUGGAUAGAACUAGUUCAAGUGAUAACGUUAUGUUUAUAAAUCAGGACGCUAAUCUAGAUAAUUUUCCUAAACUUUACAAUAGUAGGGAGAGAAACUCUGUUGAGGAUUGGGAUCAAAGAUCGGAUUCUCGAGAUUGGAUUGGUCGGAGUACAACAGAAUCCUCAGGAUGGGAGCAAUCCCCUUUAGAAUCUAGAGAUAUCCCAAUCCUCUCUACUCAACCUAUACACAGCAAUACAAGCAGUUUACCCAGUAUAUCUAAUUCUAGUGUAUCAAUGAGUGCUAAAUUUGAUGAUUUAGAGUUUGAAUCUUUGGAUAAUCUUGAACCUAUCGAGGAUGAUUGUUAUAUAUAUACAUACAAGGGUGGGACAGCAUAUCUAUCUGCCGAUCUUCCGACUAGUUUCUUUCGUCUGGACAGUGGUAGCGACGGAGAAUCACUUCCAGGAGUAUCAGGAGCUGGUCAAUCCAACCUAUCUACUGGAGUAGCUGCUCUGCUCCAGGACCAGCUGUUAAACCUGCCGGUCAGACCUGACUCCCCGGAGGAGCAGGACUUCCUUGAACUUGACUUUGACCCCGGUUCAGAUGAUAGUGAGAGAAGUAGUGAUAGUGGACAAGGACCCGAGGAAGAGUUAGUUUCUAAGAACGCUCUUAUUCGUGCUCCUCUUCUUCCAAACCUUGCUCCACUUCCUUCCCAUCCUAGUCUUGUUCCCUUACCUUCUCGUAGUCCUCCUAGACUGUUACCUGAAGCUACAUUUAGUUCUCUUAGUGAAACAAUAUCUCCGAAACGUACGAGUUCUCGUCGGACUAGUCAGAGUAGUUUAAGAGAGUGCACGGGAAGAGGAUCCGAAUCUCCGGAUCCUUCUCCCUCUCAACCAUUCUUACUCACUACUUCCAAAGAAAUCAAAACAAGAUCUUUACAGCCUAGAGAAGUAAACUUUCAAAAUAAUAAUAAUCUUUCUGAUAGUUGGAAACAAAGUUUGGAGACUGUUCCUCCACCGUGUUUAUCUUGCGACAUGGAGAAGGAUGUAGCUCCUCUCCAGAGUUCCAGUUCCUUUCCUCAGCAUCCCGUAACUGCAGUUAGAUCUGUUCCUCUCACUAGUCCCGUGGAUGAUGUUACACUACUCAACGUACCUAGAUCAAAAUCAUUAAACAGCAGCAUAUCCGCCUGUCUAGCAGCUGAUAGUUCAACAGAAGAAGACAAGAUUAUGCUGUGUGGAAACAGAUUAUUACAACGUGAAGCUUUUCUCUUUGGUUCAGAGAACAAAGGUAUCCUUGAAGCCCUGAAUAGUUUAACAAUUAGAGAAAAAUUGAAACGAUCUCAGACCUUCCCACGUGCACUGGUGUGGAGUGAGAAAGAUGCGAUUAAAAACCAUGUUUCUCAGCUCGGAACCUCAGCUUGUGGAGCUACUGCUUUAAUGAACGUGCUUAUUGCUAUGAAUAUAAAUGUUGAACCCGUCGAGGUGUGUAAGGCUGUAAAUACACGUCUCCGACGAUUAAAAAGUGAUCUCCCAGACUAUUUAUUAUCAAGAUCAGAGGCAGGUUGUAAUCAUAGUGAUCUACUGGCGGGUAUGCGACAUAUCUGUGGGGAUAGAAUCAAAGGAAGAUUCUUUCCAAUGCAUGGACUUAAAACUUCUCUAUGUACCUGGAUAGCUACGUGGAUAUCUAGAGGUUGUAUACCAGUUGCAACGCUAAACGUUCAACGUGCUCCUACAGCCCCUGGGAUGCAAAUUGCGGAUGCAUGGCAUCACCAGAUGAUCUGGGGGGUUAUUGGUAGGGAUAUCUUACUAAACAAUCCACUUGAAGUGGUUCCGGAGAGUAUACUGAUACCACAAUUAAAUUCUCCGUCACAAAUCCUUAUUCGGAGAGAGGAUGUUCUAUCCAGGUUCAAUAGUGAUACAGAUCUAACUCCUCUGAUCUCGAGCCUACCAGGAUCCGGGUUUAAUGAGAGAUGGUUAGAGUUCAAUGUUUUGGGUCAGGUUGUGAACCUGCUCCGAGAGGAGAUGUUGCUAAACCAUCCUGAAUCCGAAAGUAUAACGCCAACUUCUCAUCUCCGUAUCCCGGCAAACUACAUCAGUGGAAUAACCUUAUUUUGUGAUAAUCCAGAACCCGAAGUUUUGGCUCUUUUUCAGUCGACAGAAGAUUUUUCUUUGAGUGAUAGAUAGCAGUAAUUUAUUUAGAAGAAAUUAUCUAAUCAAAGAGUGAAGUCAUAUUGAAUCAAACUUUAUAGCCCACACCUCUCCAUACAUCACAAUUAGACAUUUUAAAAAAAUCUGAAACUACUAAACCUUUUUGUUGUUGUAAUUUUUCAAUUUCAUCUGAUCUGAACUUUAACUUGAAAAUCUCGAAGUAAAAUUCAUCACGGGAUUGUAAAAAAAAUUAUAUUAUGGAUUCCAUUUUUCCUCUACUUUAAAUAUCUGGGGCUCUGACUUGAAAUUUAAAUUUUUGUUUUCUCUCAGAUUUUAGAUGCUAGGUAAACCCUGUACGUAAGUCUUUUUUAGAAUCAGAGCUCAACACUUAAACGUUGAUAAAUGUUAAUCCCUGGAUCAAGAACCUUAUUGUAUCUUUUUUUCUUGGAUAUCUCGUGGAUAACUAAAAUUAAGGAAUGAAGCACUUAUUUUCUAAAUUUUAAAGUUACCAUAGUGGAUAUCGAGAUUAUGGUAGAUUAGUGCUUUAAACUACUGAAGUUUCAACCUCCUCAGCUUCAUGUUCUUAUGCGCAGUAAAGAUAAAAAUAACGAUCAAAUUUGUCUGAAAGAAAACUUAUAUGAGGAACAAACAUAUCAAAUAACGCCUUAUAAUUUUUCUUAAAUACCGUAAGCCCUACAUUCUCUUUUGCGUUGUCCAAAGCUAAAAAUGGUUCGAUUUGUUUUUAAAUCCAAUCUGUUUUUGAAACCUUCCACGAUUCUUUUUCAUAUUUAUUUUUAAAGCAUCUCGACUAAAAGAAUAUUUUAAGCUAAACAACUUCCAAUCGGGAUGGGGUCCACUAUUAAUUAGAAAUAUUUUAAGGAUUUUAUAAUUUGUAACUGUUAAAUCUAUGAAAAUGUCUGCAAAGAUUUAUCAAUUAAAGUAUUUUGAGAAUCCUAAAUAUUUGCACAUUUCAUGGAUUUAAAAAGGUUUCAGUGGGUUUAUUCCCCCUUCUCUUUAUCUAGAAUUAAAUAAAAUUAUAUUUUACAUCUCGAAACCAUUGAAGUAGUUCGCGAAAAUGAUUUAAAUGCCGAAAUCUAUUCUGUAGUUAUUUAAAAACCUGCCAUUUCUAUUUAUCUAAACUUUUGAUUACCAUUUAAACGCAAAGGGUUUCUCUGAACUGUAAAUGUUAGUUUUUUACAUUUUACAAAUUCUUAAGUCCUGUCCAAGUAAAAUUCCCCAUCCAAAUUGUAAUGCAUAAAGGAAAUUUUUUUCGAUUUUGUUUUACGUUUACGGCAGCUUAAACUUUGUUAUCUUGAUUUUCUUCGUAUGAUAUUACUCUUCAACUUGACUGCUCACUUUUUGAAGUUUGCCCGGUCCCAGAUUCUCUUGUAUUAAAGAGACUGUCGACGUAAUUCUAAGUGUCAUACCUUAUAAUAAGUUAAAUGACCGAUUCACAACGGUAUCCUUUAACCUUUUAACCGAUUCACUGAACAUAAAUGAUGGAGAUAUCCUUGUAUAUGAGUCUUGAAAACUGAUAAUUUUCUCUCAAUGAAAGCGGAUUGGAGAUUUAAGCAGCAGAGAAAAGGAGGAGUUGACUAAUCAUGUCCCUUGUAGAUAGGAAUCCACAAUAUCUUCUCAUUGUUACCCAGAUAAAUAUUUAAAGGGUACCCUUGUGUAUCGGAUAUGCCACUUUAAAGAUGAAUGGCCCCUUGAAAUUAUGUUACUGUCCCUUUAAGGUCAACGUUCUAUCUUGAGAUAUAAAGAAACUAUGUUACUGUCCCAGCGUUCAAUCUUGAGAUAUAAAGAAAUUAUGUUACUGUCCCUUUAAGGUCAGCGUUCUAUCUUGAGAUAUAAAGAAAUAUUUAUUAUAACCAAAAAUCUGAUAACGCUAGUGCACAUAAACGAAAUUUUUCAGUGUAAAAACGAUGGAAGUACGUUUCCAAAUUAGAAUAUCAGAAUUCUAUUUCUACA